AACGCACGCAAUCUUUACAACCUCAAAACCAAAACCUUUGCAGACAGAAAAAAAAUCAGAGCGAAAACGGCAACUUCACCAUGGCGGCAACAGUCUCUUCUCCUUGGAGCAAACCCGGUGCGUGGGCUUUAGACGCCGAAGAACACGAAGCUGAACUCCAGCAAGAACACGAAAAUUCCCAACAAGUAUCUACUUUCGCCGCUCAACCACUCGGUGGCGUUGCUGAAUUCCCUUCUUUAGCUGCAGCCGCCGCCACCAAACAACCCAAAAAGAAAAAAAACCAAACCUUAUCUCUAGCUGAGUUUUCUAAUUAUUCUCCGGCCAAGUCGAGUCACGAGCCUGAUCUCUUCAAUCUCCCAACUAGACCCCGCGAACGCUCCGCUGAAGAGCUCGACAGGGCCCGCCUCGGCGGCGGGUUUAAAUCGUAUGGUUUAAGUUAUCGUAACGGAGGAGAAGAAUCGAAUUCGAGAUGGGGUGGUGGUGGUAACGGAAACUCUAGGGUUUCUAAUAGGGAGUCGAGUAAGGAAUUUGCUCCUUCACGAGCGGAUGAGAUUGAUGACUGGUCGAAAACGAAGAAAUCCCCAGCAGGGAAUGUAUACGAGAGGAGGGAAAGGGAGAGGGGAUCUUCGUUUUUCGAUUCCCAAUCAAAAGCUGAUGAAUCGGCUAGCUGGGUUUCUAAUAAGACAACGAAUGAUGGGCCAAGGAGAUUUGUAGGAGCGAAUAAUGGUGGGUUUGAGAGGAGAGGGAGUUACGAUACGUUAUCGAGAGAAAGACAUGGGUUUAGUGGUGGUGCUGCUGAUUCAGAUAAUUGGGGGAGGAAAAAAGAUGAGAGUUUUAACAGUGGCAGUGUGGGUGAGAGGCCGAAAUUGAAGUUGCAGCCAAGAACUUUGCCUGUCAGUGAUGGGAAUGGGGCGGUAGAGAAGCCUAAAGGGUCAAACCCGUUUGGAGAUGCGAGACCAAGAGAGGAGGUGUUGAAGGAGAAAGGGAUGGAUUAUAAGGAGAUUGAUGAGAAGUUGGACUCUGUGAAAAUUAGCAGUGAGAGAAGUAAGGAUGUGGAGAGAAGCGAUUCCUUUGGAAAAAGGGGAUUUGGGAUUGGUCGUGGAGGUUCAGGCAAUGAGAGAAGUUGGAGGAAGCCUGAUGUUGCUGAUUCUGGUUCUCGUCCACAGAGUGCUGAGACAACUGAGAAUGGAAAUAAUGCUGAAGAUGGGCUUGCUACCGAAGACGAAGUUGUUGAAGGAAACUGAAGAUGGAGUUUUUGCAAAUGAAAUGCUGAGGAUUGAGAAAAAGAAAAGAGUAGGAACAUUUAAUUUAUCGGUAGUCCAAGGUGUUGUUUUCUCCAUUAUAAUUAUGCGAGUUUUGCCAGGACUCUUGCUAUUGUUGAACAGUGUUGAGACAAUUUUGGUAGGCUUACAAGUAAUUAACACUGGUUUGCUUUUGUAGCUUGUUUUAUAGUUGGGGUUGAAACUUCAGGAUUAUGUUUUAUUACAUUACUACUUGUUCA